CCGCGAAUCAUCGCCUGAGCCAUUCACUGAUACGACGGACUCCGCUGCCUGCUAACCUGCUUGCUAACCAUGUCCCACUGUUUCUGCCGUCUGUCUGUCCUAUAUAGGACACCACACUGCCCAUCGGCAAUCUGACCCGACUGCACAAUCAAUCAAUCAAUCCAUCCUCGGAGAUGCCAUCCCUCCACUCCCCCCUCACGGCGGUCUGCCUGCUGGCCUCCGCUGCUGCUGCUCUCCCCUCCAGCUCCAGCACCGGCUCUGCCUCCGCUCCCACCGGCUCAACCUUCCCGGGCUUCGACCUCACCUCCAGCUGGGGUAACCUGAGCCCCUACAAGGACGGUCCGGGCUUCUCUCUGCCCUCCGGCGUGCCCCUCGGCUGCGAGCUCGCGCAGACGCACAUCCUGCACCGUCAUGCGCAGCGCUACCCCACCUCCUACGAGCUCGAUGCGGACAGCAUGGAGGACUUCGCGCAGAAGCUGAAGAACUACAGCGCCGCGCACCCCAACGUCCCCGUCGGACGCGGUCCCCUGGCUUUCCUGAACCACUGGGAGUAUGUCAUGGGUACGGAGUUGUUGCUGCCCACCGGGGCCGCCACGGAAGCCACCUCCGGUGCGUGGUUCUGGUCCAAGUACGGCCGCACGCUGUACCGCGCACCGGCCGGAAUGGCCGACUGGGAUGAGUCUCUGAAUGUGUACCCCAAUGGCACCAAGCGGGCCAAGCCCAUGUACCGCACGACCUCCCAGGCGCGCAUCCUGGAGAGUGCUCGGUGGUGGUUGAGUGGCUUCUUCAGCAACAUCGGCGCCAACAGCUCCUACCCCCAGUAUGACCUGGUGAUCAUCCCCGAGGGCAGUGGCUACAACAACACCCUCUCAGGCUCCUGCACGGAGGCGACCUACCCAGGCGACGACUCGGCCGAAGAAUUCCUCUCCAUCUACACCAAACCCACCAUCAGCCGCUUCUCUCAAUACCUCCCCUCAGACCUGCACCUAGAGACGUACGACAUUCUCGCGAUGCAAAACCUCUGCGCCUACGAAUACGCCGUCCUGGGCACAAGCGCAUUCUGCAGCCUAUUCACCGAAUCCGAAUGGAACUCCUACGCCUACCAGCUCGACCUGCAAUUCUACGGCGACUACGGCUUCGGAUCCCCCAGCGGCCGCGCGCAAGGCAUCGGCUACGUGCUCGAGCUUGCCGCCCGCCUAGAAGGCCACCUCCUCACUAGCCCCGUCGCCAACAUCAACGUCACCUACGACAGCAACCCGCACACCUUCCCCCUCCACCAACCCCUGUACAUGGACAUGUCGCACGACGACGUGAUUGUCUCCGUCCUCGCCGCCCUCGGCGUCGAAUACUUCAACUUCGGCCCUGACGGUCUCCCGGGCAACAUCACUGCCGAGCAAGUGCCCACGAACCGGACCUUCAAGCUCAACGAGAUCGCACCGUUCGGUGCGCGUCUCGUCUCCGAGAUCUGGACGUGUCCUGCCAACACGGACCUCACCGACCUGGGUGAGACGCUGUACGAGAACCCGGAUCUCCAGGGCGUGAACGGCACGAACCAGUUCGUGCGGUGGGUGUUGAACGAUGCACCGGUGCCGGUGGAGGGAGUUCCGGGUUGCGAGGCCGCCGUGAACGGGUUCUGCCCGCUGGAGGGGUUCCUGAGUGGUGUGAAGAAGAGUCAGGCGUUGGCGGAGUAUAACCUUGCCUGUAAUGUGGGCGUGGAGACCAGCGGGCAGGUUGGCGAUGGAAGACCGGAGUAGAUUCUUUUCUGGUCUUUUUCAUUUUGUUUUGUUUUGUUUUUUACCACAUGAAUAGAGGGAAGACGGUGUUGGGGGUAGUGGUGGGAAGACAUCUGAAUUGGACUUGAUUGGAGAAUGGGUGGAUGAGGAGUAGUAGAUAAGGAUGUAAG